AAAGUUCUAACUCCUAACAAAUCAUAGCCGUUCAAAUUAAAUUCUCUACCUCAAUAAAACCAAACAUAUCCCACACACAAAUCUAACUCCUCUCACUCUUUUUCCUCCAUUUAACCCAACACCUCAAGUCAAGAACCUUUCAAUCGAUCUAUAUAAUUAAAGAUGUUUGGAAGGGCACCAAAGAAGAGUGAUAAUACAAAGUAUUAUGAGAUCUUAGGAGUUCCUAAAACUGCUUCUCAAGAUGAUCUUAAAAAAGCUUAUCGUAAAGCUGCCAUUAAAAAUCAUCCUGAUAAGGGAGGUGAUCCUGAAAAGUUUAAAGAGCUUGCCCAAGCUUAUGAGGUCUUGAGUGACCCGGAGAAGCGUGACAUAUAUGAUCAGUAUGGUGAGGAUGCUCUAAAGGAAGGAAUGGGCGCUGGAGGUGGUGGACAUGACCCAUUUGACAUAUUCCAAUCAUUCUUUGGUGGUGGAAGUCCCUUUGGUGGCGGUGGAAGCAGCAGAGGUAGAAGACAAAAAAGAGGAGAGGAUGUUGUCCACCCUCUCAAGGUUUCUUUGGAGGAUCUUUACAAUGGGACAUCAAAGAAGCUUUCACUAUCUCGCAAUGUGUUGUGCGCAAAGUGCAAGGGUAAAGGGUCCAAGUCAGGUGCUUCAAUGAAGUGUUCUGGCUGUCAAGGGUCUGGAAUGAAAGUUUCUAUCAGACAGCUUGGUCCAUCCAUGAUCCAGCAGAUGCAGCACCCUUGCAAUGAGUGUAAGGGUACUGGUGAGACAAUCAAUGAUAAAGAUAGGUGCUCACAGUGUAAGGGUGAGAAGGUUGUGCAGGAGAAGAAGGUGUUGGAAGUUCAUGUGGAGAAGGGUAUGCAGAAUGGGCAGAAGGUAACAUUCCCAGGCGAGGCAGAUGAAGCGCCAGAAACUAUCACUGGAGACAUAGUCUUUGUCUUGCAACAAAAGGAACAUCCUAAGUUCAAGCGAAAGGGAGAUGAUCUUUUUGUUGAGCACACAUUGACAUUGACUGAGGCCCUAUGUGGUUUCCAGUUCGUCUUGACUCAUCUAGACAACAGACAGCUGCUCAUUAAGUCCCAACCUGGUGAAGUUGUCAAGCCUGAUCAGUUUAAGGCUAUCAACGAUGAAGGAAUGCCGAUGUACCAAAGGCCUUUUAUGAGAGGUAAACUGUACAUUCACUUCACUGUUGAUUUCCCCGAGUCAUUAACACCAGAGCAGUGCAAGAACCUUGAGGCCGUGCUGCCUCCAAAACCCAAAUUGCAAGUGUCUGAAAUGGAAUUGGACGAGUGUGAAGAGACUACUUUGCAUGAUGUGAACAUUGAGGACGAGAUGCGAAGGAAGCAGCAAGCUGCCCAAGAGGCAUACGACGAAGAUGAUGAUAUGCAUGGUGGUGGUGCACAGAGAGUCCAAUGUGCUCAGCAGUAAUUUGGUAGUGUUCUGGUAAUUGCUAUCUUAUCAUGGGGGUAGAUUACUAGUAAAGGACUUGGAUAUUUUUCUUAUGCAAACUGACACUAUGGGCAGAAUUUUACUGCUUGACUAUUGCUAGUGUGCUUACAUGUUUACGCAA